AUGCACCUGGACUGUAGCAACCCUCUGCUUUUCUCGAGGAGAACUCCAGUGUUUGGUAUCUGCAACCUGAAGUCAGACCCACCAUCUUCAGCAGACACAUCAGCUGGAUCCAAUGGAAGGAGAAAGCUGUCAGCUCCACCAAUGAAUGUGUCAUUGGAGCACAGUGAGGGGUCUCUUCUUUCAGAAGAUGCUCUAGACACAGAGGAUGAUGCCUUGGACACUGGGGAUGACCUGGAUGUUAGUGUUGAUGGGAUUGACACGCCUGACGAGACAGACUCUCUGGAGUUUAAUGGGCAUGCAGACUCAGACGAGUCUAAUCUAGGUGAAGGAGCAGCAUCAGGUGGUGCUACAGCAGGUCAUCGAGCAGAAGAGAGAGGAGACAAAAGACUGUGGAGGAGCGUGGUGAUCGGAGAGCAGGAGCAUCGGAUCGAUAUGAAGUGCAUUGAGCCAUACAAAAGAGUCAUAUCUCACGGAGGUUACUAUGCUGAAAAAAAUGCCAUCAUUGUGUUUGCAGCAUGUUUCCUGCCUGACAGCGACUGUGAAAGUUACAAUUAUGUGAUGGAAAACCUUUUUCUGUAUGUAAUUAGUACCUUGGAACUAAUGGUGGCAGAGGAUUACAUGAUUGUGUACCUCAAUGGUGCCACGCCUCGUAGAAGAAUGCCCGGGUUUAGCUGGAUGAAAAGAUGCUACCAGAUGAUUGAUCGAAGGCUGAAGAAAAAUCUAAAGAUGUUCUUCAUUGUUCACCCUUCCUGGUUUGUCCGAACUUUGCUGGGAAUCACCAGGCCCUUUAUAAGUUCAAAGUUCAGCAGCAAAAUCAAGUAUGUGAACAGCUUAAAGGAGCUUGGAGAGUUAAUUCCAAUGGAGUACGUCCACAUUCCCCCCAGCAUCAUUAAGGUGGAUAAGGGGACUUCAGCUGUCUGAGAAGAUGCUCGUUUUCUCCCUAAAUUUGGCUGUCCUCCUUACUGCAGCAUGUCUGAACACGGAAGCUCGCAGCAUGAUGCGUAUGACACGUGGUUGUUACAAAACGCCUAGA